AUGGCAACCCUCCCCUCCACCAUUCCCUCCAUCUCCUCCUCUCUCCCUCUCCACCGUCUCCGUCCUUCUCUCUCCAUCUCUUUCUCCCCUCUCCGUUUCUCCACAAAACCCCGUUCCCCCUUUCUCGUUCUCGCUUCAUCAUCACACUCCUUCGACGACACCAAGAAAUCGGCUCUUUCUGAAUUGAUACACGAAAUUGAACCUUUAGAUGUCAGUUAUAUUCAGAAAGAUGUGCCACUAACGACGGCUGAUGCUAUGAAAAGGACUAUUUCUGGUAUGCUGGGAUUACUUCCGUCUGAUCAGUUUAAUGUAGUUGUUGAGGCUCUGUGGGAGCCGCUUUCCAAGUUGUUGAUUUCUUCUAUGAUGACUGGGUAUACACUACGUAAUGCUGAAUACAGGCUUUGUUUGGAGAAAACUCUAGAUACAUGUGAAAGAGAUAUUGAGAAGCCAAAGGCUGAAAGUACGAAGUUCGACUUACAAGACUUCCUACGUGACAGUGUAAAUAUUGACUUUGGUAGAAAGAAUAAUUUGUCUUCCAAAGUUGAAAAGUCUCUCGAGGAUGUCGAUAUUGAAGACCUUGGCAAAUUAUCUGCCGAAGCUCAAGAAUUUAUUUCCAGUCUGCAAUCUCGUUUGUCUUCCAUGAAAAAGGAACUACGUGAAGUGAAGAGGAAAAGUGCUGCUCUUCAAAUGCAACAGUUUGUUGGAGAAGAAAAGAAUGAUCUACUGGAUUACUUGAGAUCACUUCAACCUGAACAGGUAGCACAGCUGUCAGAAUUUACAUCCCCCGAACUUAGGGACAUCAUUCUCUCUGUUGUGCACGGUCUUCUGGCUACCCUUUCUCCUAAGAUGCAUUCUAAACCUUCAACUACGUCAGAGAAUGCAACAGUUGGAACAGCAAAUGAUGGAAGUGAGGAUUGUGCCGAGGUUGUUGAGAAUUCUUCACUUCAAUUUCAGCCAUUUAUUUCAUUAACUCGGGACUAUCUUGCCCGCCUGCUCUUUUGGUGCAUGCUGUUGGGACACUAUCUUAGAGGUCUUGAGUACCGAAUGGACUUGACGGAACUGCUAUCCUUGCCAAAUGAUGCUGAGAAUGAUGCUUCUGGGAGCGAACAAAUUGUUUGA